AUGAAUACCACAGAUAACCAACUGCACUUUAUCAAUAUAACCAACACCUGUGAAGCUUCAUCUUUCACUAUCACUCUUCUUCCUGCAGAGAUUUUCAAUCCGCAGUACUCCACGCAGUGUGUCCAGACCGUCAAGCAUAAGCGGAAUCGUCUUGACCUAUCUGAUGAACACACGUACUGCCAUAUCUGUGGAUGGACUUUCUUGCACAAGGACGCCUAUGAAAAGCAUUUGUACGUAUCGAAGUGCCAUUGCCAUUGUCAGGAUUGCAUGAAGAGGUUCCAGUCCUCCUCUUCUUUUCGGAGACAUAGAUGCGAUUACGGAGAAGGUGAUUGCGAGAGGAGCCCUGAAUGGUCAGAAGAUGAGUUGGCAAUUAUGCAAGAGCUAGAACGGAACCUGGGUGAGCCUGCAGUAUUCGAAAACGUCGAAGAGGCUUGA